AUGCUUUGUCAGAUGCAUAGUUGGAAUCGCUUAUUGGAGUUAGGGUGCAGCGAGUUCCAGCAGUGGAAUCGGCAGGAAAGGGCGUUGUUUAGCGACGCGGUAAGAAACGUGUUGGGUAGGCUGCGCACGGCGUACCGUUUGCAGCGUAAGGUGAAGGUGAAUAAGCAGAAGUCUAGACACGAGCACAAGGACAUCGCGGUCGAGGUGGUGGAAGAGUUCAUGGAGAAAACUCGCGAGGACUUUUUGAUCGCCGCCGAACGUGUAUUGCGCUGCGUUGACCGCGCCGACGGAACCGGCUCUGACCGGAACGAAGUCGCCUGUUGGGUCGACAAGAUUCGCGGUGACGUUUACCGUUACUGGGCCGAGCUCGAUCGGAGCAAGGCAAGCGAUUGCGUUGAGGCCUACGAGGCGGCCUUGGACAAAUCCAACGAAGCGCCCCUCGGACUCCGCUCCAGCAUCUACUGUAACCUCGGCUGCUUCUACGCAGAGGUAGAAAAAGACAAAGCCAAAGCUCAGCAACUUGCUCAUCAAGCCCUCAACAACUACCCGCAAAUCCCACGCGAAUAUGACGAACCAAUCGCCAUGGCCGCCCUCAACCACAACCGAACCGUCUGGGCAUAA